AUGGAGGCGCUUUCUGGAGAACUGGAAAAGUUGCGCCUGGGCUAUAAUGCAGCAGAUGACAAUAAAAGCUGGAUAGAUUCCAUCGCAGAUGAACAACGACCGCCCAAACGACAGAGGAAAACCAAAGAAGUCAUCAAACAAGAACUGGAACAUGACUUCUUAACCCCCUCGCGAUCAUUCAAUACACAGUGGUUGAAUCAGUUGCAGCAACGAUGGGAUACACCGACUAAUUACUAUGGCUUGUUCCAGAUCGCCCCAACUCAAACCCGCACAAUCAUCCGCUUCACUCGCGAGGGUCUCGAAGGUCGCGUCACGGGCUACAAGGAAGUUACGGUACCCGCGAACUCAGCUACUGCCAAAAACUCAACAUCACUGUUGAGAAAGCCUGCCAACCGAGCCGAGUUCGUUCGUGGUGCAGCAGGCUUCUUCCCGUUUGCGCCAGGAGGUCUUGACGGCGUCGAGGCCAUCGCCGCCAUCGAGGAUGAGGCAAUCCUCCGACACGAAGGUGCCGCUGAGAAGAGGGCUGGAGGACUCGAUCGAGUAAUCAAUUUCAGCGCCGAGGGUGGUCUCCUGGAAAUUCCUCCAGGAUUCACGCGUGGAUUAGACUUCAAACAGAAGCCAGCUACGGAUAGUAAGACUGCCAAAGAGGUGGAAGAAACGCUCGGCGAAGCAGCAGCUCCAGUCGAAGAUGUCGAAGUAGACGAUGAUGAGGCUGCAGACGCAACUGAGACCAACGGAGUUGAAGCGCUAAAUUUGGAUGGUCAAACUCCCGGAGAAGAAGAGAUUGAUGCGCUGCUACCUGUAGAAUUCCCUGCUCUGGCACCUCACACUCAGCUUGCUAUGGCCAACAGGAAAGGCGGACGAGAGUGGGCUCACAUGGUUGACGUCAAUCGAGACAUCACAAACUUCAAAGAGCUUGUGCCAGAGAUGGCACGCGAGUAUCCUUUCGAACUGGAUACUUUCCAGAAAGAAGCUGUCUAUCACCUCGAGAACGGUGACUCGGUCUUUGUUGCAGCCCACACAUCUGCUGGUAAGACGGUUGUCGCAGAGUACGCUAUCUCACUUGCCGCAAAACAUAUGACUAAGGCCAUAUACACGUCACCCAUUAAAGCCUUGAGUAACCAGAAGUUCCGUGAUUUCCGCCAGACCUUCGACGAUGUCGGCAUCCUCACUGGGGACGUUCAAAUCCGACCUGAGGCUAGCUGCCUUAUCAUGACUACAGAGAUUCUCCGAAGUAUGUUGUACCGUGGAGCUGAUCUGAUCAGAGAUGUCGAAUUCGUCAUCUUCGAUGAGGUCCACUACGUCAAUGACCUCGAACGAGGUGUAGUCUGGGAAGAGGUCAUCAUCAUGCUUCCCGAGCAUGUCACACUCAUUCUUCUUUCAGCCACCGUACCCAACACUUACGAAUUUGCUUCAUGGGUUGGACGAACGAAGAAGAAGGAUAUAUACGUUAUCUCAACACCUAAGCGUCCUAUUCCCCUUGAGCAUUACCUUUGGGCAGGCAAGGGAAUGCACAAGAUUGUCUCAGCGGACAAAAAGUUCAUCGACAACGGUUGGAAAGACGCCAACGAUGCACUCUCUGGGAAGGACAAGGUUAAGGCACCGCCAGUUGUUAAGGAUUCACCAGCAGGAAGAGGAGGUGGAGGCCGUGGAGGCCCGCCUGCAAGGGGUGGACAGAACCAGCGCGGACGAGGCCAGCUAAAUGGUGCACGUGGUGGUGCUGGUGGUCGUGGUGCAGGCCCACCAGCUGCCAGGGGUCGGGGCAACAUUGCUAGAACGGGCCGCGGUGGAGGCCGUACAACGGCCGCUCAAGAUCGAAACAUCUGGGUCCACCUCAUCCAGCAUCUGCGCCAGAAAGAGCUACUCCCAGCUUGUAUCUUCGUGUUCUCAAAGAAGCGAUGUGAGGAGAACGCUGACGCGCUUUCCAAUAUCGACUAUUGCACAGCUGCAGAGAAGAGUGCUAUUCAUAUGACCAUCGAAAAGUCCCUGGCCAGGCUAAGUCCCGAAGAUCGGGACUUGCCGCAGAUCAAGAAACUGAGGGAACUGCUCAGCCGAGGCAUCGCCGUUCAUCACGGUGGUAUGUUGCCUAUCGUCAAAGAGGUCGUAGAGAUCUUGUUCGCAAAGACUCUUGUAAAAGUGCUUUUUGCUACCGAAACCUUUGCUAUGGGCCUCAAUCUACCAACAAGGACUGUGGUCUUCUCAGGAUUUCGUAAGCACGAUGGUCGUGAAUUCCGCGACCUUCUUCCCGGCGAAUAUACACAAAUGGCUGGUCGUGCUGGCCGAAGAGGUCUCGACACUGUCGGCACAGUCAUCAUCUGCGCACCAGGAGCUGAUGAAGCACCGCCGGCAGCUAGGCUUAGGCAAAUGAUGUUGGGUGAGCCAACGAAGCUGCGAUCGCAGUUCAGGCUCACAUACAACAUGAUGCUGAACCUUCUUCGCGUCGAAGCGCUAAAGAUCGAGGAGAUGAUCAAGCGCAGCUUCAGUGAGAAUGCUACUCAAGCGCUGUUGCCAGAACACGAGAAGAAAGUCAAGGUUUCGGAGGCAGAUUUAGAGAAGAUCAAGCGCGAGCCCUGCAGAAUUUGUGAUGUCGAUUUGGAAGCAUGUCACCAGGCAUGCGAAGAUUACAAGCGCUUGACGAACGAGACGCACUUGAGUCUUCUUGGCAAUCCCAUGGGACGUCGUGUGUUUAGCAAGAACCGCCUGAUUGUCUAUAAGAAGGACAACAAGCGCACCGUGGGUAUGCUUCUCCAGGAUGGACCGAGCAAAGGACAUGAGCCUACUGUCAAGGUUUUGGAAAUUGCGCAAAACCUUGAGCGUAAGCCUGACGAUCUGCUCCCCUACAUUGCCGAAUUCGCAAGAUUUUUCCGCAACUUGCCACAGGACCCGAAGGAAAUGAUCUUGAAGACAUCGUACAUACCCCUCAAUGAUGUCGAAUGCUUCACCAAGACCACCAUUGAUAUUCCGGAAUCUGUGCAGAAUCUUAGCAAGAAGAAGGAUAUGAUGAAGUUGGCGCAAGCUCAGUUCACCCCUCUCUGCAGCUCUUGGAACUACGAGGAUUGGGAUGAGUAUGACUAUAGCCGGAUCAAGAACCUCGCUUUCCGGGAGACACAAGACGCACGACGGAAGCGAGGUCAGAACGCCGUCAACAAGGAGUGCCUACCAUGCCCCAAUUUUUUGAAGCACUUUUCAAUGGAGCACGAUCAGUGGGUGAUCAAGGAGAACAUUCUUGCUAUCCGCCAGCUCAUGUCUGACCAAAACCUCCAAUUGCUACCUGACUACGAACAGAGGAUACAGGUGUUGCGAGAGCUUGGCUUCGUCGAUGAAGGCUCGCGAGUAGAGCUCAAGGGCAAGGUCGCAUGCGAGAUUCACUCGGCCGACGAGCUGGUCCUUACUGAGCUGGUCCUCGAGAACGUUCUCGCCGAAUACGAACCCGAAGAAAUUGUCGCGCUCCUUUCCGCAUUCGUGUUCCAAGAGAAGACCGACACGGAACCCACGCUGACUGCGAGCCUCGAGCGCGGCGUGGCCAAGAUUGUGGAGAUAUCCGAGAAGGUCAACAAGGUGCAAACCGAAUACCAGGUCAUCCUGUCUGCCGACGACUCGAAUGAUUUCGUAUCCAAGCCGCGCUUUGGCAUGGUGGAGGUGGUCUACGAGUGGGCUCGUGGCAUGUCGUUUAACCGGAUUACAGACUUGACGGAUGUCAUGGAGGGCACGAUUGUGCGAGUCAUUACGCGUUUGGAUGAAACGUGUCGCGAGGUCAAGAACGCGGCGAGGAUCAUUGGGGACCCCGCGCUGUUCCAGAAGAUGGGGACUUGCCAGGAGCUCAUCAAACGCGACAUUUGUAACUGCGCAAGCCUGUACCUGUAG